GAACCCGGUGCCGAACUAAACGAGCAAAGUAUUCCACUGUAUCCUCGAUGGAAAACCAAACGCAAACCCCAUCGGACGGGGACGCCGACGGAGGCGAUCACGCGAUGGAGAUUGAUUUAUCAUCGGCCACAUCUCUCGAUCUCACCAGCUUCCAGCUCCACGAUCUCGACUCUGUCGAGUUAUCGCCGAGUCUAACCGAGUUGGACCUCACCGCCAACCGGCUGUCGAGCUUGGAUCCUAGGAUUGCGAAUCUCUCUAACCUCAACAAGCUCUCUUUUCGGCAAAACCUCAUUGAUGAUGCAGCUAUUGAGCCGAUCUCUGGCUGGGACGCGUUGUCAGGAAUCGAGGAAUUGGUACUGAGGGAUAAUAGACUGACGAGAGUACCUGAUGUUGGCAUCUUCAACAGGCUUUUGAUUUUUGAUGUUUCCUUUAAUGAUAUCACUUCAAUGCAUGGAAUAUCAAACGCCUCCAGCACAGUCAAGGAACUCUAUGUAUCAAACAAUGAAGUUACUAAGAUUGAGGAGAUUGAGCACUUGCACCAGUUACAAAUUCUUGAACUUGGUUCCAACAGAUUGAGGGUAAUGGAAAAUCUGCAAAGUUUGAUAAACUUGCAGGAGCUGUGGCUUGGAAAGAAUCGUAUUAAAGUUGUAAACCUUUGUGGUCUGAAAUGCAUCAAGAAGAUUAGCUUACAAAGCAAUAGGUUGACUUCUAUGGCAGGAUUUGAGGAAUGUGUUGCUUUAGAGGAACUGUACUUGAGCCAUAAUGGUAUUGCAAAAAUGGAAGGCUUAUCAAAAUUGGUCAACCUCCAUGUUUUAGAUGUGUCAUCAAAUAAGAUAACCUCAAUCAAUGAUAUUGAAAACCUGACAGGGUUGGAGGACUUAUGGCUCAAUGACAACCAAAUAGAAUCACUUGAAGGCAUAGCUGAGUCAGUUUCUGGUUCAAGAGAGAGGCUUACCACUAUCUACCUUGCAAACAAUCCAUGUGCAAAAUCUCCUGACUACUUGGCCAAGCUGAGACAAAUUUUCCUGAAUAUCCAGCAAAUUGAUUCUAACGUAUUUGCUUAGAAGCUUUGAAAGAUAUUUUAUGUGAUAUUGUUAGUCUUUCAGACAUUCUUAAUCCCUUUUUCGUACCUUCAAGUUGACUUUUAUGUAGCUUUCCUUCAAGUUUCACCCUAAGAAUUUCUUUCAAGGUCUUCUUUUGGAAAUGAUAAAUGUUAAGAGUUUUCCAAGAAUUUGCAACUUGGAUAUCACAAAUUUCAAAAUUGUAGCUUUCAAGCGUGAUCUUUAAGGGCUUCUCUUUCAUGACGCUGUGUUGGAUGCAUAUUUACUCUAUUGAGAUAAAUUAAGUCAUCAUGAUGAUUGAAAUCUAUCCUUGCCAUUGUUGCAGCCAUUCCAUUUCAAAGAUUUAAGUGUAAUUUUAGGUUGAACAUUUUGCCUGA